AUGGUGGAAUUCGAGAAACGGCUUGCCAAGCUAGAGCUUGCUGUGGCCGACCACCAAGACCGUUGGGAUGAGCACCCUGAGGUGGUAGCGGGGGUCGUCGAAGCUCGCAUGGAGCGAUUCGCAGGGGAAUUGCAAGAGGUCAUGCAGCAAAUGAAGGACAACAUGCUAGGGACGCUCAACGAAAUGGUGGAACGUUGCAACAAGUCGAAGGAGGAAAGCCUUGCUCGUGUUGCCGCCCUCCAAGACGACGUCAACCGGCUUAUGGGGGAGCUGGAGACUUCUCGGGCAGAAUCGGCGCGUCUUAAGGCACGGCUUGACGCCGUGGCCGUGAAAGGGAUAACAGGAGCCGUAAAGCCGAUCAUCGUGCCUAGCAAUGACACGAUGGUGAUCCUCCAAGGCGAGAAGCCUUGUGUGGUAAAGUUUAGAUGGGAAAAUGAGAUUAUCCCUUCCCAGCUGAACAAGGGGCUAAAACGGGGUGAACACACCUUUGCCGCCAUGGUGUUUGAGGAGGAACCAUGCACAGAGGAGCCGGCAAAGGAGAAACGAAUCCCGCCUCCCAUAGAGCGAGUCCUUGUUGAGUUCAAGGACGUGAUGCCCGACGAUUUGCCCAAAGCCCGUGACAGAUGGGAGAAAGCGACGACGCCGGCAGCAGCAACUGUGGAAGACAGAGGAAGAAGCGCCGACGACGCCGACGACGAAACACACGCCGAACUACGAACCACGCCGAAGAACCUGUGUGGGGCGGCGAAGAGCAGCAGCAGCAAGGGCGCGAACUACGAACCGGCACGGGAGCAGAAAGGGCACGCUGAAUCGACGAACCGGCAGCAGCAAAACCAGCAGGACCAGCAGAACAACACGGCGGCAGCAGCAGGUGAACGGCGACAGCAGCAGGUGAGCUGCAGCAGCAGCAGGGGAGAAGAAGAAGAGGUCUACGACGAUGACGACGAAUCAGAAAAGCAGCAGCAGCAGCAGGAGAAGAGCAGAAGAAAGCGGCCGACGACGGCGGAUGGAGUGUGA